AUGGCACUUUUGAAUAGCGAAUGCCCCGAUUUGAAGCUGAUUGCGCGCGGCAAAGUUCGCGACUUGUACGAAGUCGACGACAAAUCGUUGCUCUUUGUUGCUACUGACCGCAUUAGCGCGUUCGACGUUAUCAUGAAGAACUCCAUUCCCGGUAAAGGCAAGGUGCUGACUGAAGUAUCAUUGUUUUGGUUUGAUUUGUUAUCGGACGUGUUACCAAACCAUCUUAUCACGGCCGACUUUGACAAGAUGCCAGUAAACGUCCAGAAAUAUCGUGACCAAUUGGAAGGCCGUUCGAUCUUGGUCAAGAAAAUGCGUGUUUUGCCUAUUGAAGCGAUCGUACGAGGUUAUAUUACGGGUUCAGGUUGGGACGAAUAUAAAAAGAAGGGCACGAUUUGCGACAUCAAGCUUCCCGAGGGAUUGAUCGAAAGCGAAAAGUUACCAAGCGUUCUUUUUACACCAAGCACCAAGGCCGAGAUCGGUGACCACGAUGAGAACAUCCACCCUUCAAAAAUGGUAGAGAUUCUCGGUAGCAAGGAAUUGGCAGAUAAAGUAACAAAGGCUGCAGUGGGAUUGUAUACCAAGGCCAGCGAGUAUGCUGCAAAGAAGGGCAUCAUCAUCGCAGACACCAAGUUUGAAUUUGGCUUGGAUGAAAAUGAUAAUCUGGUUUUAGUGGACGAAGUAUUAACACCUGAUUCUUCUCGAUUCUGGCCUGCAAGCAAAUACGAAGCCGGCCGCGGUCAAGAAAGUUUUGACAAACAAAUUGUGCGCAAUUAUCUCGAAUCGAUUGGCUUUGACAAAAAGACCACCAUUGAGCUCCCAGCUGACGUUACCUCAAACACUUUAACCAAGUACAAGGAGGCGUAUCAUAUGCUUACCGGCAAGGAAAUUGCCUUGUAA